UCUAAUGUUAAAUAGUGAAACAAGAAUUGGAUCAACCAAGACAAAUUUCUGAUAAGAAACUGUCUGCAAAACUAUAUGAGAGAAAAUCUUCUGAGAAACAAGAAUUGGAUCAACCAAGACAAAUUUCUUAUAAGAAACUGUUUGCAAAACUGUAUGAGAGAAAAUCUUCUGGUGACCUAAGAGGUUAUGUAGCAAAGAUGUUACACAGAAAAACGUUUUAUGGGAAGGAUGAAGGCUUGUUCAAAGAAAAAGAACGUAAAAAAGAAUAUUUCACUCAAUAUCAAUCCAUUGGACCAAGUUUCAUUAAAUCAAGUCAAGAUAUGGAUGACAGUGAACCAUCAGUCGCACACGAGCUGCCAAGUAAAGGUACAAUGAAAUAUGAAAGUCACAUAGAAGACAUAUGCAAAUCACUAAGGAUGUUUAGUCAGGUCAUAUUCCCCCAUAAGAAGGUAAUCUCAGAAUCAGAUGAGCAGAUCAUUCGACUGAUGAGUGAAAAAGUAAAUUUGAUAAUAAAGGAUUCAAUAACUGAAUUGAAGAAACAAUCAUCUGAAGACAUUGGCAAAAUGUUUGCUCAUGUUUUAAUUGCUGUACAAGAUGAAGAAAAUGUUUUAGAGGAAAUCCAUAAAUUAUGUACUAAUGAUAUUGUCAGUAGUUUAUCAACUGAAUGUAAGAAAUUAAAUUUCAAAUACGAUAUUACAAGGUACUACGAAUGUAGUUUCAAAUCAAUUAAUAUAUCAUUUUUAAUUCAUCUGCUGUGUAAUGCACCAGCACUUCAGUUACUUGAUUUGAUAUGUUGUGAUAUAAAAGGUGUUAAUGUGAAUGAUAUUGCUGAUACAUUGUAUCAAGAAGGAGUUGUGUUGGAAUUAACAGAUCUUGAUAUCAGUGGAAAUAACCUCAAUGAAAUCAAAGGUUCCUCACUUGCCACUUUGCUUGCUGUAGCUCCUAAGCUGAAUGAUCUUGACAUGAGUAAAUGCAGUAUCCCAGGUGCUGUAAUGGAUGAUAUGGUUAAAGAGUGUUCUAGUAGGGGAGUUGUGUUGGAAUUAACACGGCUUUAUAUCAGUGAAAAUAACCUCAAUGACAUCAAAGGUUCCUCACUUGCCACUUUGCUUGCUGUAGCUCCUAAGCUGAAUGAACUUGACAUGAGUAAAUGCAGUAUCCCAGGUGCUGUAAUGGAUGAUAUGGUUAAAGAGUGUUCUAGUAGGGGAGUUGUGUUGAAAUUAACAUAUCUUAAUAUCAGUGAAAAUAACCUCAAUGAAAUCAAAGGUUCCUCACUUGCCACUUUGCUUGCUGUAGCUCCUAAGCUGAAUGUUCUUGGCAUGAGAAAUUGCCGUAUCCCAGGUGCUGUAAUGGAUGAUAUGGUUAAAGAGUGUUGUAGUAGGGGAGUUGUGUUGCAAUUAACAUGGCUAGUUAUCAGUGAAAAUAACCUCAAUGACAUCAAAGGUUCCUCACUGGCCACUUUGCUUGCUGUAGCUCCUAAGCUGAAUGUUCUUGGCAUGAGAAAUUGCCGUAUCCCAGGUGCUGUAAUAGAUGAUAUGGUUAAAGAGUGUUGUAGUAGGGGAGUUGUGUUGCAAUUAACACAGCUUGAUAUCAGUGGAAAUAACCUCAAUGACAUCAAAGGUUCCUCACUUGCCACUUUGCUUGCUGUAGCUCCUAAGCUGAAUGAUCUUGACAUGAGAAAUUGCAGUAUCCCAGGUGCUGUAAUGGAUGAUAUGGUUAAAGAGUGUUUUAGUAGGGGAGUUGUGUUGCAAUUAACACAGCUUGAUAUCAGUGGAAAUAACCUCAAUGACAUCAAAGGUUCCUCACUUGCUACUUUGCUUGCUGUAGCUCCUAAUCUGAAUGAUCUUGACAUGAGAAAUUGCAGUAUCCCAGGUGCUGUAAUGGAUGAUAUGGUUAAAGAGUGUUCUAGUAGGGGAGUUGUGUUGCAAUUAACACCGCUUGAUAUCAGUGGAAAUAACCUCAAUGAUAUCAAAGGUUCCUCACUUGCCACUUUGCUUGCUGUAGCUCCUAAGCUGAAUGAUCUUUACAUGAGAAAUUGCCAUAUCCCAGGUGCUGUAAUGGAUGAUAUGGUUAAAGAGUGUUCUAGUAGGGGAGUUGUGUUGCAAUUAACAUGGCUAGUUAUCAGUGAAAAUAACCUCAAUGAUAUCAAAGGUUCCUCACUUGCCACUUUGCUUGCUGUAGCUCCUAAGCUGAAUGAUCUUUACAUGAGAAAUUGCCGUAUCCCAGGUGCUGUAAUGGAUGAUAUGGUUAAAGAGUGUUGUAGUAGGGGAGUUGUGUUGCAAUUAACACAGCUUGAUAUCAGUGGAAAUAACCUCAAUGAAAUCAAAGGUUCCUCACUUGCCACUUUGCUUGCUGUAGCUCCUAAGCUGAAUGAUCUUGACAUGAGAAAUUGCAGUAUCCCAGGUGCUGUAAUGGAUGAUAUGGUUAAAGAAUGUUCUAGUAGGGGAGUUGUGUUGCAAUUAACAUGGUUUGAUAUCAGUGAAAAUAACCUCAAUGAUAUCAAAGGUUCCUCACUUGCCACUUUGCUUGCUGUAGCUCCUAAGCUGAGUGUUCUUUACAUGAGAAAUUGCCGUAUCCCAGGUGCUCUAAUGGAUGAUAUGGUUAAAGAGUGUUCUAGUAGGGGAGUUAAACUUCGUAUAUAGUAGAAAAAGUAAUUGCAAUCAGGUAGCAAGUUUUGUAGAGGUGUUUAAUGCGUGUUUAAUUAAUUUGUAUUUUUAAUAUUUCUUAAAUACAUAAUACACAUGAUGCUAUUACAAGGAAGUUAUGGUUUUUAUAUUGAUACAAUUUUAUUUACUGUUUUCUGAUUUGCAUUAUCAAGAAUGAUUACCAUUGGAUAACAUCGGACAUGGCCUAGAACUAAAUUAAUCGGCAGCUGUAACUGAACAUAGAGUUAAGAUAUAAGGCAGUUUGAUAAUUUCUUGAGAGUUAAAAUACAGUAAUACAAUAAUUGUAUUCAUCAUCAUGUUUAGUUGUAAAUCAAACCAUUUAGUGGAAACCGUAAAAAUAGUAAUAUAAAAUAUGAUUUACAUAGCACAUAUAUCCACUUAGGAAGUGCUCAAGAUGCUAGAUAUGGAAACAUGGAAAAAAAAAAAACAGAAACCAGAAAACUUGGAAAUUAACCCAUGAAAUGUCCUAAACUAACACCAGUAAAAAAUAAGCAGAAGAAGCAAUUUGACACACUCAAUGCAACGAGGGCGCUGGUUUCUGGCUCUCUUAGCCAAUUUAAACAUAUGUAACACUAUACAUACAGUAAUAGUAGAACAACAGAACUAGAGUGAGGUGCUUAACAAUGCAUAAAGAUCAUGCUGCAUGGCAUGUUGUACUGAAUGUGGUGCGGAAUUUUUUGAAUUCAGGUUUACCGGUGAUACUAUCAUGAAUCACAAACCGUUUCUGUACGAUUACUCACAUUAUCCUUUCUUGUACAUAAUCAACUGAUCACCAUGUUCCAUUUCUGGUAUUUGAAUCUUUGCAAAUUUUCACCAGAGGGUGCACAGGGAACAUUGCGUCUAGUUGUUGAAUAAUCAGUGCUUGCACAUAAUGAGCUCAUAAAAAUCAUAAAUAUUUUAGGCUAUUUUGAGUAAAAUUUUGAUUUUGACUUUCAAUAGUUUUUGUUAUUAGAUUGGUAUGCUUUUAUGAUGUAAUUUUCAAAAUGUUAUUGUUUGAUAGGUUUAAAUUUUGAUUACUUUUUUAAGAAUAAAUAACUUGUACUGUUUGUCACUUUGUAUUAUGUGUUAUUAUUAUUCCUGAUGAUGAAGUGAAAUGUAAAAUAUAUUUUUGGAGUAACAUUAAUUACUCUAUUAAACUCAGUGCACAUCCUAAUAAAUGUUUGUUUUAAUGAUGUGGCACUGAAAUGUCUUAUUAUUGAAAUUAUCUAUUUUAAUCAAUACAAUUAAUAAUUUCUCUUUUUUUUAUUGAUAAUACUUCUCCACUCUCCGUGGGAUUACAAUAUAACAAAAUAAAUAUUGGUAAAAUAUGUCUGAAAAUAAGAAUUUAUUUUCUUUCUUUCAUGUAUGUUUAUAAAGCAAGUACAACAUUAAUUAAACAUGCAAGCUAAUCUAAUUAGCUUUCAUUAUAUAAUAAAUGUCAGAUUACAAUAAUUAUAAUCUAAUAUAAUUUUGAGUAUAAGAAGCCUAGUAUAAC